UUUAAAUUUUGUUAUAAUUUGGGUUUUUAGUUCGUUUUUUUUUCGUUUAAAGUUUGUGGAAGUUGAGUGGUGGUGGUAUUUUGUUGAAGUGUAAUGGUAAUUCGUCAAGAUAGGUGGUGAUGGUGAAUUGCCGGGACAGCCUCUUUGUGGUGGGGUAGAGGUGAACUGGACACUAUGCUAUUAUCAUAUCAAGAAGAUACUAACGAUCUUAAUGCCUUUUUAUGAUGAUAUGCCCCAGAACAGGAUGGAUAAUAAUUCAUUUGAGGGGCUGGAGCCCAACCUAAACCUAACCCUGAAUGCAUCAGCAAGAUGGCUGAUCGAAGCUUCCAGAGGUAUCCAGGACCCUAACAUUCUUCUAGAAAAGUUCUCUCAAAACAAGAAGGUCGAUGAUCCUACAAGAGCUUUACUCCUCACUUUUUAUGGCAUCCUGGUGGUCAUCGGCGCUGUUGGCAAUGCUCUCGUUGUUAUAUCUGUAGUUAGAAAACCCGUCAUGAGGACAGCCAGAAACAUGUUCAUAGUCAACUUGGCAGUAUCGGACGCGUUGGUCUGCUGUGUUGGCACCCCGCUCACAUUAAUGGAACUUUUGACCAAACAUUGGCCAUUGCCCGAUUGGCCCAGCCUUUGCAAAGCAUGUGGCGCGAUCCAGGCUAUAUCAAUAUUUGUGUCAACUAUAUCCAUAACAGCGAUUGCGUUGGACAGAUAUCAGUUGAUCGUGUACCCAACAAGACCUGGUCUCCAGACGAUGGGCGCCAUCGUCACCAUGUUCUUCAUCUGGGUAACCGCCUUCACCCUCGCCUCCCCGCUCUACAUCUUCAGGAGUCUGAAGACCCACUACCUCGGCCUCAUCGGCAUGGACUCUUUAAGUUUCUGCAUAGAAGACUGGCCCAUCAAAAAUGGGCGAGCGAUCUACUCCGUAUUUAGUUUAAUCUUCCAAUACUUACUGCCCGUUUUAGUUGUAGUACUAGCCCACGUUCAAAUCCAUAGGAGGUUAAGAGGAAGGCGAAGGACGACGAGGAAGACUCCAGCUAUCCUUAUAGCUAUAGCUGUUACCUACGUUAUAAGCUGGUUACCAUUGAACGUCUUCAAUUUGGUGGCUGACUUCAGCGCUGAACCAUUCAUGGAGGAAAAGACAAUGACAAUAACGUACGCGGUCUGUCACAUGUUUGGGAUGUCCAGCGCUGUGUCUAACCCUCUACUCUACGGCUGGUUGAACGACAAUUUCCGAAAGGAAUUCGAGGAGAUUCUCUGCUGCUGUAAAAAGAGACAGAAUAAUAAGAAUACUAGGAUAAAAAGCAGGAAGAUGGAUACAGAGUUGACAGCACUGGCCCAGCUGGAGCACACAGUCACAGCCAACACGAAGACGUCACAGUGCUCGCAAAUUUUCUGACUAAAGGCCUGUUGCAAAUAGCAUGAAUCAUUAAGUGUUGAAAUGGAAAGCAUUUGAACUCUUACGUCAAUUUGUUUAGUGUAACGGUGUAAAAAGUUCCUUUACUUUUCGGAUUCAUAGUCAAUAAUUUCCCUUGUAAAUACUGUAGGUAAUGUAUUAUGUAUUUAAUGUAAUAAUAUUGUGCUAUACGUUUUUAUGAGCCCAAAACGUACAGCACUAAUAUUUAAUACGAAGCCUUAUUUCGAUUUAGUUUUAAGAAUGUUUUUUAAUUAAAUAAACUCAUGCAGAUA